AUGGCUAAGACGUCAGGGAUUCAUGGCAGUCGUACGGCUAAGGGCACUCAUACCUCCCACGAAGGGUCGCAGACUCUACAGAAAGCAGGCUCUACAACAUCACGCUCAGUGUCUCCUUUAAACCCAUCCAACAACAUCUCAAAGCUGCCCAACGCAUUUCAUCCUAGAGCUCUCCUCGACCCCGGUAAAUCACAUCAGACUUCAAAGUCAGCGACAUCUGCUUCAACUUCGAUGGACCCUUCGUCUCAAGGAGGAACUGGUCAGAUGGGUGGUCCCAAAAAAUCCAUGCUCGAAAGCCUGUACGGCAUCGAAGAUCGCCUCAACAACCCACGGAAAAAGUUGAAACUGAGUGUUGAGGACCAGCACGAGCAAGCACCAAAGAUGGGCACCUCCUCUCACCGUAAUGGCAACGGAAUUGUCGGUGCAUAUAUGCGACCAGAUCCUGAACAGGCGAUUGAAAUGACGAGAAGUCUGGUGGAUCUCACAAACGACGAAGAGGAUGUCGAUGACGAUGAGGUACAAAUUGUUUCCUCUCGGUCUCUCGCUGAUCAAGAAGUAUGCUAUGGCCACGUCGCAACAGCCGCACAAGCCUACCUCCUCCCUAAACCCAAGACAUCCGCAAACGCCUUCCACCAAGAACGAGAGUGGCCCGUUAUGAGGUGUACGCUCAUCCGCAUACCGUCGAAGGACACAGUAAUUGACGUUCAGGAUCCGUGGGAGACGGCAUUUGCUAGAGUCCACCCCGACUUUGCUGUAGUGCUUGCAAUGCUGAUGGACAACAUGAGAGGGUUUCGGACGCAGGCGAAACUAAUCAAUCGGCGCAAGAAACCAGACGAAUGGCCGCAUCAGCCCUGCUCCGAGCAGCUCAAGAUGGUAGUGAACCUCUACGGCCGACGUGGAGAUGCCAAUAGAGUCGGCCAGCUUCUCGGCCAGAACAACUAUUUCCUCCGCUCACCAAUGGCGUCGGAGCCUGGUAUACCGAUUGUCAACCCGCACGCCCAGAACAAGCCACUAUUCAACAAUACUCGAAUCUCGGGCCAAGCGAGAACUUUGGCGGACACGCGAACUCUCGAGGAAGCGACAGAGGCGGUCUCGAAGCUCUUUGAUUCUUUUGCCAAUGCGAGUGGUCCGCUGGUUGAAACCAGUCCGCCAGAGUCUAUCAUUACUACCGCUCUGCUCUCCCACCAGAAACAGGCUCUGACAUUUCUGCUGCGGCACGAGCAGCCACGUACCUUUGGCAGCGAUGAAGCAGACAAUUCCUCACUCUGGCGGCGGAAACAACGCAGAAACGGGGAUGUCGCUUACCACGAAGUUGUCACCGGCAUCUCUGUCAAGGACGAGCCCGAUCAAGUACUUGGUGGUCUUCUUGCAGAUGUCAUGGGUCUUGGAAAGACGCUGGAAGCUCUUUCACUUAUUGCAAGCACGUUGGAAGAAGCCGAAUCUUUUGCGAAUGAGAAAGUAGUCCGCGACAAUGAGGACAUGCGGCACAUCAUAUUAUCAAACACAAAAGCGACACUGAUAGUCUGUCCGACCAGCACUGUCAAAAACUGGGAGGACCAGAUCGCACAGCACAUCAAACCUGGAACUAUGAAUUACCACGUCUAUCACGGCUCCAAUCGCGAGAGGAAUCCGUACAGGUUGCUAGGGUACGAAAUGAUCAUCACGACGUACGGUGUAGUAGCGUCCGAGUUCUCCAAGACCACUCUAACACAGAGCCCAUUGAGACAGCUGAAAUGGUUCAGGGUAGUGCUCGACGAGGCGCAUACGAUUCGAGAACAAAAGGCUCUCCAGUCUCAAGCCUGCUACAGUCUGGAAGCCCAACGCCGCUGGUGCCUAACCGGGACACCGAUUCAAAAUCGAUUAGACGACCUGGGAUCUCUGACGAGGUUCCUCCGCAUGUAUCCAUACGACACAGCAGGUCGAUUUAAUCAGUACAUUCGAGGGCCAGCCCAAGCGGGCGAUCCGGCUUUCUUGAAGGCGUUGCGUGUGUUUGUGGACUCGUUCACUCUCCGUCGUCUUCGAGAUCGGAUUGACCUCCCGGAGAGAAAAGACUAUGUUGACAAAUUGGUUUUUUCGGAUGCAGAGAGAAGGCUGUACGACUUCUUCAAAAGCAUUGCUCACGUCCAAAUCGAAGAGCUCACUCGUGCCAGGGAGAAGAACAGUGGUGUUCAGCAUCACGUGCUUCGUGGCAUUAUGACCUUACGGCUAAUUUGCGCCCAUGGUCGGGAGUUACUCAAGGAGAAAGAUCUAACACUGCUGAAAGGGAUUAGCGCUAAUGAUGCCAUUGACGUCGACGAAGAUGUCGCACUGCCGACCAUUUCAAGAAAAGCGGCCUACGAAUCGUUGAACUUGAGGACCGAAGCUGAGCUGGAUGUGUGCCGAAACUGUGACCGGAGUAUAACCAAGGAUAUUAUAAGGACUGAAGUGGACGACGAGGAGCAGGCGCUGCGAUGCUUCAUCCUCCCAUGCUUCGACCUAGUUUGCGCCGACUGUUUUAAUCCAGCAAAAGCAUCCUUCGACAGUGUACCGGACAAGGAAGCUGUCACCUGUCCGUUCUGUUCCGCCCAGAUUGCUGCGCAAUACGUCGGAUUUAGUGGAUCCACGGCACAGGAGAUUCUCGUGGCGCCAGACGACACCAUUGCCGAACAGGAAGAGGAGGAGUGCGUGCAGACAUAUUCUGGACCUCAUACCAAGACGCAAGCGCUUUUGGCAGACAUUGAGCAGAUGAACCAAGACAGUCAAGCGUUUGAAGCCGCCGGAGAAGCUCCUCUGAAAUGUGUUAUCUUUUCCGAAUUUACAUCGCACCUGGAUCUCAUUGGGAGGGCUUUGACCGAUCAAGGUCACUCAUUUGUACGCAUUGACGGCACGAUGUCUCUUAGCAACCGCAAGAAGUCGAUGGAUGCCCUCGCAUCGGACAACAACAUCAGAAUCCUCUUGGCAUCGAUCAAAGCUGCCGGCCAGGGACUAAAUUUGACGACGGCAUCGCGCGCGUUCAUCAUGGAGCCGAUGUGGAACCCAGCAGCCGAAGCGCAAGCAGUGGAUCGAAUCUAUCGUAUCGGACAGAAGCGGCCCGUUCUCGUCAAACGAUACCAAAUGGAAGACAGCAUCGAGGGCAAGAUCGUGGAAUUGCAGAGACGAAAACAACAAUUGGCUGACGUGUCGGUGAAUCAAAAUUACAAACAGCUGAGCAAGCAGGAGGUGCGAGAGCAGCAUAUGAAGGAGAUUUUGGCGCUGUUCAAAUGA